AUGCUUUGCCAGAAGUGCCGCGGUCCUCUCCGCCUGGACAACUCUCUGGAGGAUCUCAACCCAGCAGCAUAUGAUCUGCUAGUUGCUGCAUCCUCUCAGCAGCCGUCCAAGAAGGCACCCGCAUCACACGUAUCACCUCCUCUCGACAGUGGACGCAAAGCUCUCUAUGAAAGGGCUUCGAAGAAUGCGGCUCCCGCUCCCUUCAGGCGGCACGCUGGCGCCGGCCACCCUCGCGACAGCUCGGCCAUGUCCUUCGUCCUUCUGACCGAGUCGCAAGUGGCAACGCCGCCGAGUCUACCGCCUCGUCGGGAUGCCCAGACUUCCGGAAGUCGGCAGGAGAAAGGUAAAGAUGACGGGGCCGGUUUGGAUGAAGAGGACAAGAGCAAGUCGUACGAGAUGGAGCGCAUAACGAAGCUCUUCGAAAUCCUCUCGGCGCGCUCGGACAUCGAUCACCCCGUGUGUGUGGAAUGCACAGACAUCCUUCUCGAUGGACUACAGAAACGUCUGGAGACGGCAGCUAGGGAGAGAGAUGCGUAUGUCGGCUACCUUAAGAAACUACAGGCUGAAGCGCCAACAGAGGAGGAACUACGAGCGCAAGAGGAAGCGCUAGCAAGAACGAAACUAGAAGAGUCCGGUGCUUUGGAGGAGCUACUAAAACUCGAGAAAGAGAAGGCCUCGCUCGAUGAGGAGAUACUUGCUCUUGAGGAGGAAUCGAGGCAGCUCGAUGCCGAGGAGGAGCAGUUCUGGCGGGAUCGGAACUCUUUCGCGACGAAGCUCACGGACUUCCAGAACGAGCGUGAUAGUAUCAACUCAAAGUUCGACCACGAUUCACGACUUCUUGAGAAACUACAACGAUCGAACGUAUAUAAUGACACGUUCUGUAUCAGCCAUGAUGGCACUUUCGCCACUAUCAACGGCCUGCGGCUGGGUCGUCUCUCUAAUAAGCCGGUCGACUGGCCGGAGAUCAACGCCGCUUGGGGUCAUGCGCUCCUUCUCCUCGUUACCGUGGCCGACAAGCUGCGUUACAAAUUCGAUGGUUUCGAGCCACAACCUAUGGGCUCUACAUCUCGUAUCAUUCGGUACGACAUUCCCUCGCCCGCAUCCUCACGUCUAGGAGCCCGGCAAGCCAGCAACGCUCCACCACCGGCGCCUAAGAAGCACGUGCUCGAGCUCUUCUCGUCCGGCGAUAUGCCCCUGGGUCUCACCUUCAUGCACCGCCGGUUCGACAAUGCAAUGGUGGCAUUUCUGGAGCUGGUGCGCCAGCUGGGCGUGUUCGUGCAGCGGCAGACAGCCGCGGACGGUAAGCCGCUCAGCUUGCCCUACCGAAUCGAGGGCGACCGCAUCGGCGACGUCAGCAUCAAGCUGGGUAUUGCGCAGGAUGAUGGCUGGACUAAAGCCUGCAAAUUGACACUGACGUGCUGUAAGUUCCUGCUGGCACAUGCGAGUAAUGUGAAUGCGGUGUCGAAUGGACGGGGUCAGGCCACUGCCUGA